CCCUGGCCGCGUUUCGGUUCUGCUUGUGUUUGGCCCCGACCGCGCGCCGUCCGCGGCUCCUCCGUUGUCAUAGAGACUGGGUUGAGGCCCCACUGGAGGACGCUGAGGAGACCGGCGGUGACCCGGCCCGGGGUGGGCUGCGACGGGAGCAGGAUGUCUUUCCGCGAGCUCCGCAAUUUUACAGAGAUGAUGAGAGCGCUGGGUUAUCCGCGACAUAUUUCCAUGGAAAAUUUCCGCACCCCCAAUUUUGGACUUGUAUCUGAGGUGCUGCUGUGGCUUGUGAAAAGGUAUGAGCCUCAGACUGACAUCCCUUCUGACGUAGAGACCGAACAAGAUCGAGUUUUCUUCAUUAAGGCAAUUGCCCAGUUCAUGGCCACAAAGGCACAUAUAAAGCUCAACACAAAGAAGCUGUACCAGGCAGAUGGCUAUGCGGUAAAGGAGCUGCUGAAGAUCACCUCUGUCCUGUAUAAUGCCAUGAAGACCAAAGGGAUGGAGGGCUCUAAGAUAGGAGAGGAAGACAUCAGCAAGUUCAAGUUUGACCUGGGCUCCAAGGUGGCCGACCUGAAAGCAGCCAGGCAGCUUGCUUCUGAGAUCACUUCCAAAGGAGCGUCCCUGUAUGACUUGCUGGGCAAGGAGGUUGAGCUGAGGGAACUGAGAACAGAAGCCAUUGCAAGACCGCUGGAAAUCAAUGAGACUGAAAAAGUAAUGAGAAUUGCAAUAAAAGAGAUACUGGUGCAGGUUCAGAAGACAAAGGACCUGCUCAAUAAUGUGGCCUCUGAUGAAGCUAAUUUAGAAGCCAAAAUUGAAAAGAGGAAAUUAGAACUGGAAAGAAAUCGGAAACGUCUCCAGACCCUGCAGAGUGUCAGGCCUGCCUUUAUGGAUGAAUAUGAGAAGAUUGAGGAAGAAUUGCAAAAGCAGUAUGAUAUUUACCUGGAGAAAUUUCGAAAUUUAGCAUACCUAGAACAACAACUUGAAGAUCAUCAUAGAAUGGAGCAAGAGAGGUUUGAGGAGGCUGAGAACACCCUGCGCCUGAUGCAGAACAAGCUGAAGGAGGAGGAGAGGCGGCUGCUCAAGGCUGGAGGUAAUGAUGACUCAGACAUAGACAUCCAGGAGGACGACGAGUCCGACAGUGAGGUGGAAGAGAGGCGGCUGAGCAAGCCACGGACAGCGAUGGAGGUGCUCAUGCAAGGUAGUGACGACCCAACAAGCACAUCGUGGGCACCAUGCAGGGUGGCGACUCUGAUGAAGACGAUGACUCGGAGGACAGUGAGAUUGACAUGGAAGAUGAUGAAGAAGAUGAUGAUGAUUUGGAGGAUGAGAGCAUUGUUAUGUCACCGGCUAAGCCCAGCCGAAGGGUCCGAAAGCCUGAGCCCCUGGAUGAAAGUGACAAUGACUUCUGACCCUCUUGCCAAGCACAUUACAAACUUCAGGCUUGUAGGUAAAUGGAAGAUGGGAAGGUUAGGAACUGGACGUGUUUUCUGUUCCCCAUACCACCUGGACCUGUCACUUAAUGCAGUUACUUGUUUUUGCAUUUUUGCUUCCCACAUGUGGGUUCCACAGAGCUUAAAUAAGAACUGUCCCAAACCCCAAGCCUUGCUUUUGCCUCUUUAUCUCCUGCCACCUGCUUAGUGCUGGUGUUCUCCGCGAUCCGCACCCUUGGGACAGGAACUCCGCAGCUGAGUCUCGGCUGCUCCCACGGCCUUUCUCCACGGGAACCUGUGUCAGGUGUGCAGGCCUCUGGCCCCACCAGCAGGGACAUGGGCGGUGUCUCACAGGUCACCACCAGUGUGUGUCUCCUUAAGGGAAGGAACCAAUUCAGCAAAAAGGUUGGUCAGGUCCCAGUUUCUUUGAAUAAACCAGAGUGAGUCAGGGAGCAGCAUGGCAGGAAUGCGCGUGUGGUAAAAAGAUGGGAAGGAAGUGGAGUGGGCUUUUGUUUGCUUUGAUGUGCGUAGCACAGACUGCUCAUUUGCCUUACAGUUGUGAAGUCAGAAGGCUUGUGAAGUUACUUGUCUUCUAAUGAAUGUAUUGAAUCUAGGUUUUGAUUUAUUGAAGCUUUCCUUGGAAAUAAAAUUA